UGGCGCUACGAGAAGUGAAAGUCUGCAUAUAGUGCUGCCUGGUGAGUGGGGCAUUUGAUUUUUGUCUGCCUGCGUUAGUUGCGAAAGAGCCAAGCGACUCCGCGGGAGCAAAAGGCCGGUGCCCGCGACCCGCAACACACGCGAUUUAUUUUCGCUCCUGCACAGCAGUAUUUUUGAGUGCUUUUGGCGACAACGGCGCCGCUGCUGAGGACGCCAGCCCGUAAGCAGCCAUGGCCCCCGCCGAAGACAAAGAUGGGCCGCAGGUGGCGGCGGGAGGGAGUCCCGACACGGAGGAACGAGAGACGUGGGGCAAAAAGGUGGACUUCCUGCUCUCCGUGAUUGGAUUCGCAGUCGAUUUGGCCAACGUGUGGCGCUUCCCUUAUCUUUGCUACAAAAACGGGGGCGGUGCAUUCUUAGUGCCGUAUUUGAUCAUGCUGGUGAUCGGAGGCAUCCCGCUGUUCUACAUGGAGCUGGCGCUGGGCCAGUUCAACCGAAAAGGUUCCAUCACCUGUUGGGGUCGGCUGGUGCCGCUAUUCAAAGGGAUCGGCUACGCGGUGGCUUUGAUUGCGUUCUACGUCGACUUCUACUACAACGUCAUCAUCGCGUGGGCCCUCAGGUUCUUCAUCGCCUCGUUCACCUACAACCUCCCUUGGACCACGUGCGGCAACAUUUGGAACUCACCAAACUGCAGACCUUUGGAUUACUCGCUGGCUGACAUUGAAGAUAAACUGGUGGCAAAGAAUAGUUUCGGCAACGCCACAUCCAACCUCAUUCCCGGCGACCCGUCCAAGACUACACUCGCCCCCGCAUUCGUCUCAAACCUCACCUUCGACAAUGGGUCCACCUCGGCUGCAGAGGAAUACUUCAAUCGUUUCAUCCUGGAGCUGAACCAGAGCAGCGGCAUCGACGACUUGGGCGCUAUCAAGUGGGACAUGGCCGCCUGCCUGUUGAUCGUGUACCUGAUUUGCUACUUCUCCCUGUGGAAGGGCAUCUCGACCUCAGGCAAGGUGGUGUGGUUCACCGCCCUCUUCCCGUACGUCGUGCUGCUGGCCUUGCUGAUCAGGGGCGUGACGCUGCCCGGCGCCUCCGAGGGCAUCAAGUACUACCUGCGGCCCAACUUCAACGCCAUCACCAAGGCUGAGGUGUGGGUCGACGCCGCCACGCAGGUCUUCUUCUCCCUCGGCCCUGGAUUCGGCGUCCUGCUCGCUUUCGCCUCAUACAACAAAUUCCACAACAACGUCUACCAAGACGCGUUGGUGACCAGUAUCAUAAACUGCUGCACCAGUUUCGUGGCCGGCUUUGUAAUCUUCUCCGUUCUCGGCUACAUGGCGCACGCCUCAGGAAAACUGGUCGAGGACGUGGCCACUGAGGGUCCUGGCCUCGUAUUCAUGGUCUACCCUGAAGCCAUCGCAACCAUGCCGGGCUCCACCUUCUGGGCCCUCCUCUUCUUCAUGAUGCUCCUCACUCUGGGUCUCGACAGCUCGUUUGGUGGCUCAGAGGCAAUCAUCACAGCCUUGAGUGAUGAGUUUCCGAUCAUCGGAAGGAACAGGGAGCGAUUCGUAGCCUGCCUAUUCACCCUCUACUUCUUCGUCGGCUUGACGUCUUGCACGCAAGGUGGCUUCUACUUUUUCCACCUGCUUGACCGAUAUGCGGCCGGCUAUUCCAUGCUGUUCGCUGUUCUCUUUGAAACCAUCGCUGUAUCCUGGAUAUAUGGGUGUGACAGAUUCUGUGACGACAUAAAAGAGAUGAUUGGCUUCUCUCCUGGUCUCUACUGGCGCAUUUGUUGGAUGUUCCUUGCCCCCGCGUUCUUGAUGUUCAUCAUUGUCUACGGGUUGAUCGGGUACGAGCCGCUCACCUACGAAAGUUACGUCUACCCCACUUGGGCGAACGUUCUCGGAUGGGCGAUCGCUGGCUCCAGCGUCUUCAUGAUUCCAGGCAUGGCCAUCUACAAAAUAAUCGUUACUCCCGGAACACUGAGGGAGCGUCUUCGAAUUUUAACUACGCCGUGGCGAGACCAGCAAGCUGCGAUGCAGAACGGCGUCCAAGUGAAUUCUGCAGAAAUUCGCCUCACAUCGAUGACUCAAGUAGAUGAGGUUUAAGUUCAAGAUAUUAUUUAUAUGUAUUUUUCCUGCCAUUUUUAAUUUGUUAACGUUACGAUGAUGUUGAUGAUCUUUAAAGUCUAGUGUUGCCUCCACCAGGAGGAUGUAAAAAUGUUGCUUCUGAUUAAUUGAAGUCCUUCUAAAUCUGCUGAGAACAAUAAUCUUUGUAAAAAUGCUCUCUGUACUUGACGCACUUAAUAUUAAUUAUAUAUCGUUCAUGUUGUUGGUGUCCGCGGAAAGCUCGAAUUUCGUUGUAUUUGUUUGCUCCUUGCGUGCGAGUGUGUGCUUUUUUAACUUUCGUUUCCACUGGAAUGUGAAAAGGAUAAUAAUAUUGAUAACAACUGUCAGAGGACAUUUAUUAAGUACAUUUCUAACGAAUCGAUGCAAGUGCGUGGAAUUUAAUUUAACUGAUAUAUAGACUUAAAAGUUAUCACCAAUAUGUGAUGUCACCAAAAUAAUGUGCAGAAAUCGUAUUCAUCUCCCAAACAGUGGGUUUCCCAGAGCGAGUUGUGUUUGUCUCUUAUUGCAAUCCAAAAAUGCUAGGUGGCUCCUUUCAGGGUAUCCGAGCUAGCUUUUCUGAACGAAAUCUUUAAAUUGAGUUUGAGAUAAAUUGCUGUUAGAAACAUUAUUUCCUCUAAUGCAAAAGUAUGUUGCCUUUUAAAUGAUUUCAAAUUUAGACAUAGCUUUUUAUGAUUUCCAUCCCUUUUUUAUCAAGUGAUUUUUUCAGACAUUUAUUGAAUUAUUUACUUAAAAUAAUAAAUUUUAGAGCCAAGUUUAUAUUGAUUUCUCGACAAAUUUCGGUUGUCUUGGUUGAAAAUUAAGUCUUGAGAGCACUUUACCGAGCUCUCAUUUAAUUGCUCCAAGAAAUAGCUAGAAAAAUCUCAAAUCUACAAAUGUCAUGCCUCAAAUAUCAUUUAAUUCCGAUUAAAAAACCUCGUAAAUAAUUAUUUUGACUUUCCCUAAUUGUUUGGAAGAAAAUGCACUUUAAUUUUUCUAACUAUUUUUAAAAUAAAAUUUCAUUUUCCAAAUGAAACCUUCAAACUAUCAAAGUCGAUAGGAAAGGUUUUUAAUAAUAAUUAUCACUAUUGCGCCAAACUGUUGUCUAUUUUUAGCGUUUCUGGAAACUUCGAAGGUUUUAAACAAUUUUUAGUGGGCCCUAAAGUUGCGUGCAUUUUUCUUAUUGAAGUAUAAAAAUGUAAAAUCAGUCGGAUCAUACGUAGUCUUAAAUUCCGAUGCUUCAAGGAAGAAUGUUUGCAAUAUUUUAUCUUAAAAUUUCAUCUCAAAUACCCUGUCAGCGGCCACAAUAAUUGCUAAUCGUGAAUUAGACCCCAGAAUGCUCUGAAAUACUUCCGGUUUCUCUUCCACAGGUUAAAACUACUGCUGGUCAUGUUGUUAAAUGUUCUAAACACGCAUUUAUUGUGUUUCGAAUUCCAAAAUAUUCAGUACGUGUCUGCUAUUAUAUUAGGUGUUCGACGUAAGUGUGGGAGGACAUUUGCUAUCAUCAUAUAUUUCAGUGUGUGUUCACGUUUUGUAAAUUUGUAGGUGAAUCAAAAUGUGCUGUGGUGUUCAUGUGGGAGAAGAGCUGCAAAAGCUACAAUAAUAUGGUGUGUACUUAGCAUUACUCUCAAUGUCGAAACCAAGAUCUGCAUUUCUUUGUUGACGAAAGGAAACAAAACAGGGAUUAACGAAAAGCGUGAGUAUAAGAUUCUUAGCAGUUAAAGCAAACGCACAAGAAUGCCGUUGGAAACAAUCAUUGCCGUUUUGAAAGUAAAUUUCGAAUUUACAAAAUAGUGUGUUUCAAGUAAUAACUACUAACGCUCGGUGUUUUAUCGAAAUAUCCGCAUAUAUUGCCACGAAUCCAAGUCGAGUGUGUGACACACAAUCGAAGGGCGUCAAGCAGCCAGUGAUGCCUUUUAUAUUGUGUAAAACUGAAAACACCGGCAGCACAACAUCAAAUAAUAUAUUAAUAAUAAUUCUAGUUUGUACAAACUUUGGAAGCAGCACCAACAGAGACGCUUUUGGUCCUGAUUUCACUGAGGGAAAAUAAAAAAUUAAUUAAGAAAAAUAACAACUGUUGUGAUUUAAUAUGAA